AUUCAAUUGGCCGUGUCCGUUAAAUUCUACUUUACUCCGGUACUCCGACGCCGAAGCUCAAUGGAAAAAGAAGAUGAGCUCCAGAGGCUACACGGCAAAGUUUCAGUUCCACGAGACGGAGAUGUAGAAGACGACGAUCCGCUAGUGUUGAGCUCUCAAGCAUUGGCGGCUCUCCAGGAAUUUCUAGCCGACCAAAACAAGCCUACCGAGAGCACGCCCGAAGCCGGAGGUGAUGAAUCCGAGAAAGUGGAGCUGGUUACAGAGGAUUGGAGACUCAGCCAGUUCUGGUACGAACCUGAAACCGCGGAGACUGUAGCUGAGGAAGUGGUCACUCUCUCUCAAAGAUUCUCAGGCUGCAGAGUCGCUUGCAUUGCUUGCCCUACUCUCUACGUUUAUCUCAAGAAAAGGGAUCCGAGUCUCCAUGUGCAACUGCUGGAGUACGAUAUGAGGUUCGAGAGAUAUGGAAGUGAGUUCACGUUUUAUGAUUACAACGAACCUGAAGAUCUGCCGCUUCAGCUGAAACAUUGCUUCCAUAUAAUCGUUGCAGAUCCUCCCUACUUGAGUAGGGAGUGCCUGGAAAGAGUUAGUCAGACAAUUUCGUUCCUCGCAAGCCCGGUAGAUUCAUUGUUGCUUCUUCUCACAGGAGAGGUGCAAAGAGAACAUGCAGCUGAACUAUUGGGUGUUCGUCCUUGUGUCUUUAAGCCUCUUCACUCUAGCAAACUCGGAAACGAGUUUCGACUGUUUAUAAGCUAUGAUCCAGGUACCAGAUUAGGAGGCUUGGAAGAGGACAGCUAGUUGUUUCCUACAUUUCAAGUCCUUAACCCCCUAGCAGGGAGGAUGGUUUGCGGCGGGUAACGCUCAUGUGUGGUGCUUCCCACUCAUCCUAUUUCUCAGCUCUCUGAUCUUUUUUCGUCAAUGUUCUCUUGGUGAUCUCAACGUGUUAAAUGGUUCUCUGUUCUGUAUUUUUUGCAACCGCAGAUUUCAAGUCUGUUGAUCGAUUGAAGAGUUUUUGAGUAUUUAUAUGCUUUACGUUAUCAAUUGAUAUAUUGCUUCAUGA